AUGAUCAAGUCUCCCAAUCAUCCAUCAAACUACCCAAAUAACCUCGAAUGCAACUAUGCGGUGUCCAGUAAUAGCGAUAUCACCUUGGCCUGCAGCAGCUUUAAUUUGGAGCAGCACAGCUCGUGCGCGUGGGACUGGCUGGAGGUGAACGGCGAGAAGUUUUGCGGUACCUCGGGACCACCGGCAUCCACAGCCCAGGCCUUCGACAUCUCCUUCCACAGCGACUACAGCGUAGUAAGACCGGGCUUCCAGUGCACGCUGACGGUCGGCGGCGGCGGCGGCGGCGGCGGUGGCGGUGGCGGUGGCUCAGAGCUUACGUGUGGUGGCAGCACCUUGGUACGCGACACCACUUACACCAUCAAGUCCACCAACCAUCCGAACAAUUACCCUAUCAACGAGGACUGUAACUACCAGCUGACAGCGGAGAACGCAGGUGACACCAUCUCCAUGUCUUGCUCCGCGUUUAACGUGGAACGGCACUCGUCUUGCUCCUGGGACUGGCUGUCCGUGAACGGUCAGAAGUUCUGUGGUACAUCAGGCCCCAGCGCCGUAACCUCGGUGUCUACGAUGACCGUCGACUGGCACUCGGACUACUCGGUGGUGAGGAGCGGCUUCCUCUGCCAACUGGAGGUGACUGAAACACAGGUUACCACUACGGCUGCUCCUUCAGGUUCCUGCUGUUGCGGAGUUCCGAACCGCUCCUCCCGCAUCGUCGGCGGCGUGGAGACCGAGGUGCGUGAGUAUCCUUGGCAGGCGGGCCUGGUCAGCGCCGGCGGCACCCGCACCUGGUGCGGCGGCAGUGUCCUCAACAACCGCUACGUGAUGACGGCGGCCCACUGCACGUCCGGAUCGUCACCCAGCCAGAUCGAGGUGCUUCUCAAGGAGCAUCGCAUCAGCAACAGCGAUGGUGAGAUUCGCGCCAGUGUGCAGCAGAUCAUCAACCACCCGAGCUACUCGUCCGCGUCCGGCUCCGGCUACGACUUCUCGCUGCUGAAGCUGACCAACCCCAUCACUUUCCCAAGUGACAACUCGCUGGCGCCAGUGUGCCUGCCCACCGCCGGUAACGACUUUGUCGGCGCCGACGCAAUCGUCACCGGCUGGGGUACCACCAGCUCGGGUGGCUCACAGGCCACCACUCUGAGGGAGGUCACCGUGCCCGUCAUCUCCAACACCGCCUGCAGGUCGUCAUACAGCAGCAUCAACCCGUCCAUGAUCUGUGCCGGUCUCAGUGAGGGCGGCAAGGACUCGUGCCAGGGCGACAGCGGUGGCCCGAUGGUCAGCCUCGAGUCCGACCGCUACUCCCUCAUCGGCGUCGUCUCGUGGGGUCGGGGAUGUGCUCUGCCCGGCUACCCGGGCGUCUACGCCCGAGUCACCGAGGUGCUGUCCUGGAUCCAGACCAACACCGCUGACGGCACCUACUGCUCUUAGAAGAACCGUCAGCUUGGUGUUUGCGCACAGCGUUUGUUUCAGCGCGACUUUCGGGCGCAUUGGCUUGCGUCGCAAGUAAAGUCGCCAUUCUUGCAGUGUCGGUUUGGUGCAUGAUGUACCGCAUUUGGGAUGACAUUAAAUAAAUGCCCAGCUCCUGAA